AAAAUCCGCUUUGGUGUGAUGUUUGAUUCUUGUUUUGUAUUAAAGUAUUCUCAAAAAUUAUGAAAAACCUGGAUAUUUGGGAAGUUUCCCUAAGAAAUCUUAAAAUUGAAUUAGGAGAAGUUUGUUGUGUAAGCUACGGGCACGAUGAAAUUGAUUCUAGCGGAGACUUAUAUAUUUGUUCACAUAACCUAAUCGUCACUGAUUUUGGUGAAAAUGGUGAAGUUAAAUGGAGUAAAGAUCUGUCUGAUCUUGCCUCUAGUGGUGAUAGCCCAGUUAACGUGACCUUUCUCGCUGUAACAAAUGCUCUGUGUGUUGGACUUCAAAAUGGGGAGCUGUUUACAAUUAGCAACCAAGGAGAUAUCUGUGAACUAGCUGGUGUUUGUGAAAAUGGAUUAUUGGCCAUGGAAUGGAGUCCUGAUCAAGAGUUACUAACUUUAGUAACUAAAGACCUGAAGACCAUACUUAUGACUUGCACUUUUGAUGCCAUCAAUGAAGUGAACCUGUUAAGUGAGGAAUUUGGAGAAAAGCAGUUCAUUACAGUUGGUUGGGGGAAGAAAGAAACACAAUUCCAUGGAUCUGAGGGGAAGCAGGCUGCUAAAGCUAUAGUAGAAGUAAACCCAGGUGCGGCAGAUAGAAAUUUGCAGUCUGACCAAAUGGUCAAUGUAAAAAUCACAUGGAGGGGAGAUAGCCAGCUUUAUGCUAUAGGAUUCAUAAAUAAUGGAAUAUGGCAAUUCAAAGUAUUUGAUAGGGAAGGUCAACUGCAGUACACAAGUGAGAAGCAACCAGGUCUAGAAUCGAACCUAUCAUGGCGGCCGAGUGGUAAUGUCAUUGCUACUACACAAAGACUUCAAGACAAAUAUGUUGUAGCUUUCUUCGAAAAGAAUGGCCUGAAACAUGGAGAAUUUACUAUACCAGUUGAUGACAAAACUCAGGUAGAAGAUUUGGUGUGGAGUUCUGAUUCUGAAAUAUUGGCACUACUUUGCAGGGAUGAACAGACAAACAUACAAAAAAUAUUGCUGUUUACAACAGGGAAUUAUCAUUGGUACUUGAAACAAACUCUUGAAUUUAACUCUGACCAAAAUUUAAGCAAAAUGUUGUGGGACAAUGAUUUUGAUAUCUACAAUAACAAAAAGUUACAUGUGAUUUUGAGUAAUGGACAAUAUUAUUCUUACUCCUGGAUAUGGAAUAUUGAACAUAGCAAGGGCACAACUGAUUUAGAUGACGCUGUUGUUACAGUUAUUGAUGGAAAGAAAGUGUUGGUCACUGGCUUUAGACAAACUGUUGUUCCUCCACCAAUGUCUGCUUUAGAACUUAAAUGUAAUUCCUUUAUAAAUUCUACACAUUUUGCUCCUGGUCUGAGUGAGAAAAAUAUUAAUACAAACACUUUCUUUGUUUGCACAUCAAAUAAUAAAUUAAUAUUUUAUAAACAAACUCAAAAGUUUCCUCUCCUUUGCAAACAAAUCAAGAUUUACAAAGUUGAUAAAAAUGAUUUUCCCUUCCAAUAUUACAAUUGGUAUUGGUGGAAACCUGAUACUAUUGUUAGUGUUAUGUUAGAUAGUGAUGGCUGUUAUAAUUUGGUAGAAUGGCAAUUAGUUGAUAAUUCUAUUGUUAAAAAGACUAUGAGCAGUCUACCAGCUGCUUUAACAAGAAUACAGGCACAUCCUAAAGACACAAAUGUAUUAUUUCUUCAAUUAAAUAAUGGUGAAAUAACUAAGUAUGAAGAAGGAAAAAUAGAUAUUUUAGAAGUUUCAUUUCCAGUUGCAUGCCCAAAAUUCAGUGUACUUUCAAUCCUUGAUACUUUAUAUUUUUUGGGUCUUUCACACAAGGGGCAUCUUUAUUUGAAUGGAGAUGUAAUUUUAAGUAAUGUUAGUUCAUUCUUUAUUCACACACAUUUUCUUUUAAUAACUACAUUGCAACAUGUUCUUUUAUGUAUUGAGUUAACUGAAUCUGGUAUUACUGCUAUUGCUGAAUAUCAGAAAACUGAAUCUAAUCACGUAUAUAAGAGAAAAAUUGAAAGAGGAGCAAAACUUGUAAUAGCAGUUCCUAAUGACACAAGAACUAUUUUCCAAAUGCCCAGAGGUAAUCUAGAAAACAUACAGCCAAGGCCAUUGUCAUUAAAAAUAAUAGGAAAAUAUCUGAAUCAGUUGAAAUACUAUCAGGCUUUUGAUUUGAUGAGGAAACAAAGAAUCAAUUUGAAUUUGAUUCAUGAUCAUAACCCUAAAAAGUUUUUUAUGUUUAUUGAUUUUUUUCUGGAUGAUAUUGAGAAUGACUCUUGGUUAAGUCUAUUUCUAUCUGAUUUAGAAAAUUUGGAUGUAACCAAAACAAUGUAUGCUAGCAGCUAUGCCGACAAGACCUCUAAAUUAAAUAUCGAUUAUAAUAGCAAAAUACAUAGGGUCUGUGAUAUUAUAAGAAGUCAUUUGUUAAAGAGGUUUGAUAAGGAUCGUAAAAUAUUGACAUUGAUUACAACUUUUGUCAAGAAGAAUACUGAUGAAGAUUUGGAAGCUGCCUUAGAUGUUGUAAAACAGCUAAAAUUGAAGGAGUCUGGUGGAUCUAAACUGCCUGUAGGAUCAGAUGAAGCAUUGAAAUAUUUGCUUUACAUGGUUGAUGUGAACCAAUUAUUCCAUGUCGCUCUUGGAAUGUACGACUUUGAUUUAGUUUUGUUAGUAGCUAAUAAGUCACAGAAAGACCCCAAAGAGUACAUUCCCAUGCUGAAUGAGUUAAAUGAUAUGGAGGAGAAUUACAAGAAAUUCUCAAUCAAUAAACAUUUGAAGAGGUUUAGCAGAGCAGUGGAGUUUUUGGUCAAAUGUGGACCAGAAAAGCAUGAUGAAUUGAGAACAUUUGUUAAGUAUCACAGUCUAUAUAUAGACGCGUUGGCGUUAUUUACACCAGAAGAAGAUAUUUAUAAGCAAAUAUCGGACGAUUUUGGUCUUUAUCUAAAAUUAAAAAAGCAGUUUAUACGGGCUGGCGUUAUGUAUGAAAGAGCCAGAAGUCAUGAAAAAGCUAUUGAAUGUUACAAAGAAGCAUUGGAGUGGGAAUUAGCAAUUAAAUUAGGCCAUAAAUUGCCUGCUGACCAAUUCAGACAGCUUUGCAAUGACCUAGUAAAUGGUUUGAAAGAAGAAAAAAGGUUUGAUGAAGCGUUAAAUAUUUUGGAAAAAUACUGUGAUGAUAAGGAGGAUGCCAUUUCUUUUGCUAUUGAAAAGAGUCAAUACAAAACAGCUAUGCGUCUUUGUUCACAGUUCAACAGAGAUGAUUUGAAAGUCGAAAAAUUAUUGCCCGCUGUACUUGAGGAAUACACAAAUUUACGCGACUUGGUGGAAUCAAAUUGGCAUACCUUUAUCAAAUACAAGGAACGCCUAUCCAUUGUUAGAAAAAAAAAGCGUAAAAAUCCCAUUGAACAUUACGACCCCGCUUUUGACAACAAAGACAGCGACUUGUAUUCUGAUGCUGGGAGUACAGUAGCCUCUUCAAGGGGUUCAACCCGAAGCUUCCAGUCAAGCAAAAAUCGAAGAAAGCACGAGCGUAAAGUGGCGUCUUUGAAAGAAGGGUCGCAGUAUGAGGACGUCGCUUUGGUCAUGGCUUUGCACAGUUUGGUGACAUCAUCGUAUGAGUUGAGGUCUACAGUGAAGAAGGUUAACAUAGCAUUGAGCUGCUUUGAUAAGGACAAGGAAGCUUUUAUAUUACAGACAUCACUUGAGAAAUUACUUAAAGGAAUGAAGGACAGUUUUAAGGAAAUUUGGACCAAUGAGCUCAUAUUAGAAGCAACCAAUGCGGCGAUAGCGGCCCAAAAUGUGCCGGAAGGGGCGCACGUUAUUUUACAAGGAAUUGCAACUUUGGAACCACACAUCAGGAUAGCUCCUGUUAUUCAAGAUUUCAAUUGGCAACUGGAGGGCCUUAACUAAUUCUAUCAUGUACAUUACACAUACAGUACUUUCAUAUGAUAGUAUAAUAAAAAUAUUUUA